CAGUGUGACAGAAGAGCAGUUCUGACUGUGUUCAUGAUAGUGUAUUUGCCUGAGUGCAUGCCAAACUCUGCCAACACUCCCCUGUUCUCUGGACCUGCUCUAUUGUACCACAGGACUGCGGCAGAACUUUCUGACCCAUUCAUUUGUUUACAUCUGAAACUUGAUCUGGUUUUGGACUGAAUCUGGACCUGGUUAGACAAGAUGCUACUGCAUUUAGGAUGGUCCAGAGGGAAGAUGGGAAUCCUGCUCAUCAGAAGAGCUGGUUUGUUUUGUCGUUCAGCCCACCUGUCUUCCCAAACCCUGGAGUAUCGACCAAUCAAAAAGGUCAUGGUAGCAAACAGAGGUGAAAUAGCCAUCCGUGUGUUUCGAGCAUGCACAGAGCUCGGGAUCCGGACAGUGGCUGUAUAUUCAGAGCAGGACACGGGACAGAUGCACAGACAAAAGGCAGAUGAGGCAUACCUCAUUGGCAGAGGCCUGUCCCCCGUUGCAGCCUAUCUCCAUAUCCCUGACAUAAUUAAAGUGGCUAAGGAAAAUAAUGUGGAUGCCAUCCACCCCGGUUAUGGCUUUUUAUCAGAGCGUGCAGACUUUGCCCAAGCCUGUGCUGAAGCUGGGGUGAGAUUCAUUGGUCCUUCCCCAGAGGUUGUGCGCAAGAUGGGGGAUAAAGUGGAAGCCCGUGCUCUGGCCAUAAAAGCAGGUGUUCCAGUUGUUCCUGGAACAGAUGCUCCUAUCUCAUGCCUUCAAGAGGCUCAAGAAUUUGCCAAAACAUAUGACUUUCCCAUCAUCUUUAAAGCUGCAUAUGGAGGAGGAGGCCGUGGAAUGAGGGUCGUCAGAAAUUAUGAGGAACUAGAGGAAAACUACCAGAGAGCCUAUUCAGAGGCUCUGACAGCAUUUGGUAAUGGUGCUCUGUUUGUUGAGAAGUUCAUUGAGAAACCACGACACAUUGAAGUACAAAUUCUAGGUGAUAAAUAUGGGAAUGUGAUUCAUCUGUAUGAGAGGGAUUGCUCCAUUCAGAGAAGACAUCAGAAAGUGGUAGAGAUUGCUCCCGCUGCCCAUCUCGACUCUCACCUCAGAGACAGACUGACCUUAGACUCGGUCAACUUAGCCAAACAGGUGGGCUAUGAGAACGCUGGCACAGUGGAGUUCCUCGUGGACAAACAUGGAAAGCACUACUUCAUCGAGGUGAACUCCCGUCUGCAGGUGGAACAUACAGUUACAGAGGAGAUCACUGAUGUGGAUUUGGUUCACGCACAACUGCGUGUGUGUGAGGGCCGCAGUCUUCCUGAGCUGGGUCUUGAACAGGACAAGAUCCAGAUCAAUGGCUGUGCCAUACAGUGCCGGGUCACUACAGAAGAUCCCUCCCGUGGUUUUCAGCCAGACACAGGUCGCAUAGAGGUGUUUCGCAGUGGAGAGGGUAUGGGCAUUCGGCUAGACAGUGCAUCUGCCUUUCAGGGGGCCAUCAUCUCCCCUCACUAUGACUCACUGUUGGUUAAAGUCAUAGCCAGUGGCAAAGACCUUCCCACCGCUGCAACCAAAAUGCACAGAGCACUAACCGAGUUCAGAGUUCGUGGUGUUAAGACUAAUAUUCCAUUCCUGCAAAAUGUAUUGAGCAACAGCCAGUUCCUAUACGCCACAGUUGACACACAGUUUAUUGAUGAGAACCAGAAUCUUUUCAACCUCAAACCUACACAGAACAGAGCCCAGAAACUCCUGCACUAUCUGGGUCACGUAAUGGUAAAUGGACCCAUGACACCUAUUCCAGUAAAAGCCAAACCAUCAUCUGUUGAUCCAGUUGUUCCUUCUGUUUCUCUGGGUGAGCCACCCAUUGGCUUUCGUGAAGUCUUAUUGAGGGAGGGUCCUGAAGGUUUCGCAAGGGCAAUUAGACAGCACCAGGGUCUUCUCCUGAUGGACACCACCUUCAGAGAUGCCCACCAAUCCCUACUGGCCACGCGCGUCAGGACACAUGACCUCAAAAAGAUUGCUCCCUUUGUGAGCCACAACUUCAGCAACCUCUUCAGCCUGGAGAACUGGGGAGGGGCUACAUUUGAUGUAGCAAUGCGUUUUCUGUCAGAGUGUCCAUGGAAGAGACUUCAGGUGCUCAGAGCUCUGAUUCCCAAUGUCCCGUUUCAGAUGCUGCUACGUGGAGCUAAUGCUGUAGGAUACACAAACUACCCUGAUAAUGCUGUGUUUAAAUUUUGUGAGGUUGCCAAAGAGAACGGAAUGGAUAUAUUUCGUGUUUUUGACUCCUUGAAUUAUAUUCCCAACAUGCUUUUGGGGAUGGAAGCAGCAGGGGCAGCAGGAGGUGUGGUAGAGGCAGCCAUUUCUUACACAGGAGACGUGUCUGACCCCAUGAGACAGAAAUACUCACUGGACUACUAUCUGAAGCUGGCUGAUGAGCUAGUUAAAUCUGGAACACACAUACUGUCUAUUAAGGAUAUGGCUGGCCUUCUGAAGCCCCAAGCUAGCCGUUUACUGAUUGGAGCAUUGAGGGACCGUUUCCCUGACAUUCCUAUUCACGUGCACACUCACGAUACAGCCGGUGCUGGAGUCGCGGCUAUGUUAGCCUGUGCACAAGCAGGCGCUGAUAUAGUAGACGUAGCUGUGGACUCAAUGGCUGGUAUGACUUCUCAACCGAGCAUGGGUGCCAUCGUAGCCUGCACUAAAGGAACCAAACUUGAUACUGGGAUUUCUCUGGACAAAGUGUUUGACUACAGUGAGUACUGGGAAGUGGCUCGUGGUCUGUACGCUCCCUUCGACUGCACUGCCACAAUGAAGUCUGGUAAUGCAGAUGUUUAUGAAAAUGAGAUCCCUGGGGGCCAGUACACCAACCUACACUUCCAGGCCCACAGCAUGGGCCUCGGUAACAAGUUCAAAGAGGUGAAGAAAGCCUAUACUGAAGCCAACAAGCUGCUGGGAGACCUUAUCAAAGUAACCCCCUCCUCUAAGAUUGUGGGCGAUCUGGCACAGUUUAUGGUGCAGAACUCUCUCUCUCGUGCUGAAGUGGAAAAGAGAGCAGACGAGCUCUCUUUUCCUCUCUCUGUUGUGGAGUUCCUGCAAGGACACAUUGGGAUACCACAUGGAGGGUUCCCUGAGCCCUUCAGGUCAAAGGUGCUCAAGUCAUUGCCUCGAAUUGAAGGUCGUCCAGGGGCUUCACUACCACCGAUGGACUUUGAGGCUCUUGAAUCUGGUCUUCGAGCAGCACACGGGGAUGAAAUCACCCCAGAAGAUGUGAUGUCAGCAGCCAUGUACCCUAAAGUCUUCCAGGAGUUUAAAGAGUUCACUUCAAACUUUGGUCCGGUGGACUGCCUUAAUACUCGCUUGUUUCUGGAUGGCCCUAAAAUUGCAGAGGAAUUUCAGGUCGAGUUGGAAAGAGGGAAAAUCCUGCAUAUCAAAGCAUUGGCCUUGGGUGACUUGAACAAGUCUGGUCAGCGAGAGGUGUUUUUUGAACUCAAUGGCCAGUUACGUUCGGUCUUGGUCAAGGAUACAGCAGCAAUGAAGGAGAUGCACUUUCACCCUAAAGCCUUGAAAGAUGUCCGGGGACAGGUUGGAGCGCCCAUGCCUGGUAAAGUGGUGGAAGUAAAGGUGAAGGAAGGCCAAAAGGUGGAGAAAGGUCAGCCUCUCUGCGUCCUCAGUGCCAUGAAGAUGGAGACAGUCGUCAACUCGCCAAUCUCUGGCAUCAUUUCCAAGGUGCACGUCAAUGCCGACAGCAGCCUGGAAGGGGAAGAUCUUAUCUUAGAAAUAACUGAAUAAAGUUUGCUUUUUAAAAUCCCAGCUUAAAGGCUGCUCUUCAGAAGGCCAGUUUUAGAGUGAUUAUGUAAUUCAGUGGACUGAUGGUGUUGUAAUUGCGAAUGAUUUUGAGAUUUCUACUCUUCUGAGUGUUCAAAUUCAAAAUACUUACUUACUACAAAAUAAAUGGUGUUAUUUUAAAACAGAAGCAUAUAUUACAGUAUAGCAUGUAACCAAAAACUACAGAAGUCUAUGGUAUUCGGUUGAAACACAGCGAAGAGUCAUUCUAGAUUUUUUGUUUGUUUGUUUUUAAAGUAAAUUAAAAAGGUUCAUUAUAAAUCCAAAUGACAAUACCUGAAUUUAUAGUCACAGUUUAUGCAACUGUAUUUGUGUAAGUGUGUGUGAGAGAGUUUGAAGAGGAACAGCAGUUUCAUAUUAACAUUGUGUUAGUGGAGCGUAAAAUCUAUUUUGAAGUGUCUGAAAUAUUAAUACCAGCAGAUAUUGAGUACGUGCACAUUAAGCACAGUGUUGUCAUGCUAACAUCAUUCAUGAUAGCAUGAUUAAAACCAAUUACAGUGAGCGAUAAGCAAUAAGAAGCAAUAAGCAAUCAAAACCAGCUAUUAUUUUGGAUUUGUUCAUUAUAAAGAGUAUAGCUAAUAGGAUAAACCUUUGUAAUGAUUAUUAAUUUUUGAAAGUUACAGCACAACAAAUGCAAUGUCUUCUCACUUUCAUUCUACUUUCCUUCUUAAUCACUCUAUCACCUUUGCACCACAGGAGAGCUCAGAUUUGCACAGCCAGUGUAAGUGAACAGCGAGUCAUUACACAGGCAAUAAUGAAGUAAACAAAUGCUAAAUGUAUAUGUGGUGCAGUGAAGAAAAGCUUCAUUUACAAAUACUCCUUUGAAAUGUUUGCAAAUGUAAUUGUGUAAUAUGUUUACAUAGAUCCCAUUUAAAAGCUCAAGCAAUGUGCUUUUGUCUUUCAGCAGAAUUAUAUUUAAAGCGUUCCCUGUUUUAAUACUGCAGAAACCGAAACCUUAAUUGUGUGUAAUCACUGGUGGGCUGUUAAUAAUGGAAGAGUCUUCAGUCUGUGUUAUUAAUGAUAUGCUGCACAGGAUAGUUCAUACUUGACCUUGAAAUAAGCUUUGAUUAUAGGUAUAAAUAGAAACUCCACUGUGAUAUUUCCAGGUGGAAGCUGGAAUUAUUCACAAUUGAGUUUAUGGAUAUAGAAAUGGUCAACUGAUUAGAGGAUAAACAUGUUUCUUUAUUAAUAUUUUGCAUGCUUUCAUUUUUUCUGAUGGUUUGUCAUAUGCUAUGAAAGCCAGACCACUCCCUUUACCUGAUACUGAAGGAGACAUUAAAUAGAACUUGAAGCUGCUCAAUUCUGUUUGAGUAUACAGUUAUAGUUGGUGUUGUUUUGAUGUUUACAAGUGAACCAAUAAGAAUCUGUGAGAUUCUUUUUGGAACCAAAAACUUUUGGAUUUGAAAUGGAGCAUUCCUAUUGAACUAACAAGACCAACUUAAUGUACACAGAGGAAGGAAACUUAAUCAUCUCAUAUCAUCUAUUGCCUAUCAAGCUUUUCCUAUGCUUUUGUGAUAAUUUCUGUUAAUUUUUUUCAGUUCUCCAUGUAGGUGGGGAACUACGCACAUUCAGUCCUUGAGUUUUCAUUAAGGAUUUCUAUAUUGAAGCUGAAGAAGUAAAUCUCUGAAUGUUUUAAUAAUUAAAUGUUUAAAAAGUGAAUGUUUUUUUCUGUUCUCCGAAUUUGUAUGAUGUUUAAUUUGAAUCAUGGUCUAUUUACAUUGUUUUAAAAAAAAUUAUUUUCCUGCUUUCCCUAUUUUAAAACUUGUUGUUACUUCUGUUGGAGAUAUGUUUAAAAAGAAAGAUA